ACUACCUGAACAAGAUGAAAUGCCUUGAAGACUUUUGGUUCUGCUUUCAUUUUUCCUGAAGCAAUGGUUUUCUCCGCAAUGUUGACGCUGGCCCACUCUGGGACCUCAAAUGCUACUUUCAUUGUUUAUGAAAAUGCCUAUACGAAUUUUACCACUCCCCAGUUCUUGCUUCAUAGUGGCACAACACAGCCAUUGAGAUAUGGUUCAGGUGCUGUGCUCACCACUGAGAGAAGUACUUUCCUGGUAAACACCACAGCUAUCCUGCCAUCACAAGAAGUUUUCAGGAGCUUGAGUUUGCCACUCCAAAUCAUCCUUUCUGCUGCUAUGAUAUUUAUCCUAUUGGUUUCUUUCCUUGGAAACUUUGUUGUCUGCCUGAUGGUCUACCAGAAGGCAGCUAUGCGAUCUGCAAUUAAUAUCCUCUUAGCAAGCCUGGCUUUUGCAGACCUGCUGCUGGCAGUGCUGAAUAUGCCAUUUGCUCUGAUAACAAUCAUUACCACUCAGUGGAUUUUUGGGGAUAUAUUUUGCAGAGUUUCUGCCAUGUUCUUCUGGCUUUUUGUCAUAGAGGGGGUAGCCAUUCUUCUUAUUAUUAGUAUUGACCGAUUUCUUAUCAUAGUUCAGAGGCAAGAUAAACUGAACCCCUACCGUGCAAAGAUUCUUAUUGUGAUUUCCUGGGCAGCAUCAUUUGUUGUCGCUUUUCCGUUAUCAGUAGGGAAUCCUAAUCUGCAGAUACCCUCGAGAGCACCUCAGUGUGUUUUUGGCUACUCUACAAGCCCAGGUUACCAAGCCUACGUGAUAGUUAUCUUACUAAUUUCUUUUUUUAUUCCAUUCCUGGUAAUGCUGUAUUCUUUUAUGGGCAUACUCAACACUGUCCGCCACAACGCAGUUCGUAUCCAUAGCCACCCUGAUAGCAUAUGUCUCAGCCAGGCCAGCAAACUUGGUCUCAUGAGCUUACAGAGACCUUUUCAGAUGAAUAUUGAUAUGAGCUUUAAAACUCGUGCCUUCACAACCAUCUUGAUUUUGUUCCUUGUCUUCAUAGUCUGUUGGGCACCAUUCACCACUUACAGCCUUAUUGCCACGUUCAACAGCCACUUCUACUACAAGCACAACUUUUUUGAGAUAAGCACUUGGCUCCUUUGGCUCUGCUACCUCAAGUCUGCACUGAACCCACUGAUUUACUACUGGAGGAUUAAGAAGUUUCAUGAUGCAUGCUUAGACUUGAUGCCCAGAUUCUUCAAGUUCUUGCCACAGCUCCCUGGCCAUACAAGGCGGCGCAUCCGGCCCAGUGCCAUCUACGUGUGUGGGGAGCAUCGGUCAGUAGUUUGAAGCUGCAGCUGUUUGACAGUGAUUGUUGUUUGCUGGGGUCAUUAGUUUUUAGGCUUUAGGUUGAAUUUUGUUUUGUUUCAUAUGGCUUUUUCAGUGUGGCCAUAUCUUAUAACUUGAUUAAAUUUUCAUUACUCUGUGCAAUUUUGGGAAGAUGGAGGGAACGUGUGGCUAUAGUUGGGUUUACUACCAGAAUACAAUGGAAACAGAAUAACAAAUGUUACCUCUAGGAUUCCAUGAAAAUCCAUUCUUUUAAUGAAAACUAUAUUUGGAACAUCUUGUCAGGUUUAUGCUUAUUAGGCCUGCAAUUUUAUCUAAUUGUAGGGACUUUUUUAAUGCUGCUAAGAGAUGGUGUAUUUAGUUGGUGUAAUUUUUUUGAAAACUGUUGCUGCUGUCUGCCAAUAUAUUAGAGCCAAAAAGUCUCAUUAGAUUAUUUCUAUCUAAUUUAAUGAUAUUUCAGAAG